AUGUCUACUGAUAGUUUCACUGUAGAAUCAUUAGACUCAAUCAACAAUGGAUUUUCAAGCAAUGGAACUAAUUUAAUUGAUAAAAUUUGUAACGGAACCAAUUGUAGGAGUCACUCUCAGGGACUUGAGUACAUUGCAUCAUGUCGAGAUAUUGAAUUGCUGGUUUCCCAUAAAAAUCUGGGAGAACCAAUUGAAUUGUUUGUACAUGGAAAUAAAUUCUGGGAUAAAGUGACCGAUACUGUAGAGACUAAGGAAUUUGACUUCUUUAAUUAUAAUUCAAACUUUGGUAACGGUGGCUGCACAUAUGAACCAAACGAAAGUAACCAUACGUUCGGUGAUAAAAAAAUACAGAAACCCCAUACAAAAAUAGAAUUAGAGCUUUGUAAUAUUAAAUCUGAAAUUGGUUAUGAAAAAGAUCAUCAAAAUUCAAAAUGGUACAAUCAAGACGAUACAACUUGUCCAUAUAAAAAGGAUUUUGAUUGGUCAAAUGAAAUUAAGAGAAUUAAUUCGGAAGUAUUCAACAACACUGGUUUCAGACCAAUGCAACUAGAGAUAAUUAAUUCGGUAAUUUCUGGAAAUGACACUUUUGCAUUAGUGCCAACGGGCGGAGGUAAAACUCUGUGUUAUCAACUGCCUGCGAUUUAUUCCGAUGGUAUUACACUCGUAAUUUCCCCGCUGAUUUCACUUAUUCAAGAUCAAGUGCAGCGAUUGGAGUUUUUAAAUAUCAGUUGUGCAAGCUUUCCUACGGAACAAGAAUAUUUUGAACGAUUAUCAAUUAUUGAAAAGUUGAGAAAUGCUGAAAUUAAGGUCUUGUUUGUAACUCCUGAAAAAAUUGUCUCAUCAAAAUGGUUCCAGAGUGUAUUAGAUGAGUUAUAUUCCAAGGAAUUGCUUGUAAGAUUUGUUAUAGAUGAGGCACAUUGCAUUAGUCAUUGGGGGAGCGAUUUUCGACCAGAUUAUGCAUCAUUAGGUGUUCUAAGGAAGUGCUAUCCCGAUGUACCAAUUUUAUUAUUAACAGCUACAGCUACUAGCAAUGUAUUUGAUGAUUUGAUCAGGAUCAUGAGGCUAAGAAAUUGUCAAGCGUUCAGUUGCAACUUUAAUAGGCCAAACCUAAAAUUCAAGGUUGUGCCCAAGUCUAGGAAUACUAAAUUAGCUAUAGAAGAAUUAAUUGGUUAUGUAAGAGAAUAUCCAACAUCUUCAGGCAUUGUUUAUUGUUUGUCAUGUCAAGAUUGUGAAUUUGUAUCCAGUGAAUUGGUGAAAUCUGGUAUAAAUUCAAUGCAUUAUCAUGCACAACUGGAUCAGUUGACUAGGAAACAUGUACAACAAAGUUGGAUGGAGGGAAGCAUUAAUGUGGUGGUUGCUACACUUGCCUUUGGAAUGGGGAUUGAUAAGUCAAAUGUGCGUUUUGUUAUUCACUUCUCCAUGCCCAAAUCAAUUGAAAAUUAUUUUCAGGAGGCAGGGAGGGCAGGAAGGGAUGGUGAACUUGCCACAUGCAUUGUAAUGUACGAUUACAAAGACUCACAACGGUUAUUAAGUUUAGUGAAGAAUGGAGAAUCUAUUAAGAAGAUGCUGGAGUAUUGUGAAAACCCGAAGAAAUGCAGGAGGGAAAUGCUGUUGGGACACUUUGGCCAGAAGCUAAAAGGGCCAUGCGAUGUUAUUUGCGAUAAUUGUCAAGCUCAUGCUGUGGCAACUAACUGUAGGGAAGCCGCUUACAAAGUAGCAGUUAGUAUUUCUAGGUUACAAAAGCCGCACACAUUGCUUAAUAUACUAAAACUAGCUACUUCACGCGUUAAAUGUCCUAAUGGUUUAAAAGGUUGUCUAACAGAAUUAAAAUUCACUUACGAACAGGCGGAAAGUUUGUUACAUUACAUGGUAAUUCGUGGGGUUUUAUAUGAGUAUUUGGUGAGAAAUGAAAAGUUUAAUACUUCCAAUUGUUACAUUAGGACGAGUAAGGAUUUUAAUUCUAAAUUAUAUCUGAUGGAAUCUUUGUAUUUAAGGGGCAAUAUUAGCAGCAAUAUUUCAGGAGUUAGUGUUAAAAAAAGGAGGAAGAUAUCGUCUGGAGAUGAAUUGGGUGAGUCAUUUAACCAGGACGUAUUGGAUGUGAUUGAUGAACUGAGUUUUUGA